GUGCGAAUGGGCAUGGGCAGUAUGACAGACACGGCUGAAGUGAGAAAAUCCUCUUAAUCCGAAGUUACGGGGGGUAGCGUUAAUUUUCAACGCUCUGAAGUCACAGAAGCAGAGGCGACGGAGCGAGAGGCCGGCUAUAAUGAUGAAGUAGAGGAACGAGGGAGUCGGUCGAUUAAUCCAGAUUUGUUUUAAUUACGGGUCGCAUUAGCCAAAACGUUGAAAUAAAAGCUGUGGUGAAAAUGCCCGAAGUGGAGGAGGACAAUUUUUGUAAAAAAAUGAGACGAGCUACCAGGGAAAUUCACGCGAUCAGCGAUGCCCUGGUGAACGCCAAGUUGGCCUUUGGUUUCAUGGAUGACAAGGUGUGGGCAGAUGGUCUUUUAGUAUUUUAUGAAAUUUUUCGAUACCUAGAAGGUGCUAUGCUGAGAUUAAAGAAUACAAAAGUAGGGCAGUUGAGAAUUGAAGGUCUUCAGCGAACGGAAGCAUUUGAAAAAGAUCUUGAGUUUUACUUAGGAAAAGGUUGGAUGAAAAAUUAUACUCCAAGGGAUAGCGUAAUCAAGUACUUGAUGAGACUUAGGGAAAUCGAAGAUACGGACUCUCUACUUCUAAUAGCAUAUAUUUAUCAUCUUUACAUGGGUCUUUUGAGUGGUGGAAUAAUUUUGCGAAAAAAAAGGCAACUCGUACAAAGAAUGAAUCCAUUUAAAGAUACGGUGUUGAACGAUGGUAAUCAUCUGACAGAUUUUGGUGAAUACAACAUUUAUGAAAUGAAACGUGAACUGCGCAAUGCAAUGAAUAGGAUAGCAGACUUAUUAGAUGAAGAUACAAAAAACAAACUCCUCGAAGAAAGUAAAACUGUUUAUAUGCUAAAUAAUGAAAUCAUUAGAAGUGUCCAAGGAGCGGGCUCAGUGAUUAUUAAAAAACUUGUAUAUUUUUUUAUUUCCAUUAUCAUUGUCGUCUGUUUUUUCUUUCAUUUAUUUAGACAAUAG